AAGAGCCACCCUGCCAUCACCCUUCCUCUUUCUUGCUUCUCUGGGGAGACGAUACUUCCUAAUUUGACCCUCGCUCCACGUUUUAUCUCGAAAGAGACCUUUCUUAGCCCAUCAAUGGCUCGGUCCGUUGAGCCCUUGGCAGUGGGUAAGGUCAUAGGUGAUGUGAUAGACAUGUUUGUGCCAACUGUUGAUGUCUCUGUUUCAUAUGUCUCAAAGCAAGUCGCUAAUGGGUGUGAGCUCAAGCCUUCAGGCACAGCCGAGAGGCCCAGGUUCCAGCUAUCGGCCCGCUCCUUAGAUGACAAUCUCUAUACACUGGUGAUGACAGACCCGGAUGCGCCAAGUCCAAGUGAGCCCACUAUGAGAGAGUGGCUCCACUGGAUCGUGGUAGAUAUACCUGGAGGUUCGGAUGCCAUGAGAGGUCGAGAGAUAGUGUCGUACAUGGGGCCGAAGCCACCUACCGGAAUUCAUCGCUAUGUUUUCUCUCUUUUCAAGCAACAAGGCCCACUGGGCUCGGUCGCUCGUGCACCAGAGGCUCGCAACAACUUCAGCACCCGUGCCUUUGCUGCACGCCUAGGGCUAGGUCUACCCGUUGCGGCGGUCUACUUCAACGCCCAAAAGGAGCCGGCAUCUAGGAAGCGUUGAUCUUCUUUGCUCUGUUAUUCCUUACUGUACCUUUGUCCUGUUAAAUUGCUUUGAUAGAAAAUCCUUGUUUCUUUUUGUCUUUUGCCUUUUCUUUUGUGGAAUGUGAGUUGUUAGUUGUGGAAAUUGAGUUAUUAGUGGUAUGCAGAAUACGAGUCGUUUCAGAAGAUGGUGUUACAAAGAAGUUUACAUCGUGAGCAAUUUGCUCUCUAUUGUGAUCUUGUGAUUUUGUUUCGGACCUGGUUUCCAUGCUGCCAAGCCCGCAUAUGUAGAAAUCCGUGUCUAUUAAUAAAUCUG